AUGGUGAUGACGAUCUCCGAGGGUCGCGGCAACUUCAGGAUCGGGUGCGUGGAGUUCAACUGCAACUCCGGGUAUGCCAACUGGCGAGAAGGAUGGUCCCAAGACAAGAAGCGUUGGUGCUGCGAGCAGAAGCAGAAGGGCUGCAAGGGCGACACGGGUGCGGACGAGCUCGCCGAUCAAGACGAAGCGGCAGAGUCAAGCGCAGGGAAGUCCAAAAUUUACGGGGAAGACUCCGAAGACGACGAGCAGCACGACUACAUCAUAAACUUGCCGCCGUCUUGGAGCAUGGACAGCGUUAGGGCCUUUCAGGAGAAGGCGUGCAAGAAGGUCGAGGAGCACGGGGGCAUGAAGUGCGACGCCCCCGCAGACGGAGGGGGGGACCUCCGCGCCGUGCAGAUCAGGGCCUCUGCCAAGUGGGCCGGGACCUCGGUGCCCGCCGCCGCCCUGGCGGGCGGUGUGCCCCCCCCCUCCGCGGGGGGCGCUCCGGGCUCCUGCCGCUCCGGUGGCGACGUGCCGGAGGUGCUUCGCUGCGCUGUCUGCGUGCGGGUGCGGGCCGGGGGGGACCUCCGCGCCGUGCAGAUCAGGGCCUCUGCCAAGUGGGCCGGGACCUCGGCGCCCCCGCCCCGCCCUCGCAGGGCCCGCCUCGGCGACCCCCCCCACCGCCCCGCGGUUCGCUCGGCGACUCGAGGUGCCCGCCGCCGCCCUGGCGGGCGGGGUGCCCCCCCCCUCCGCGGGGGGCGCUCCGGGCUCCUGCCGCUCCGGUGGCGACGUGCCGGAGGUGUUGCGCUGCGCGGCGCGUGCGGGUGCGGGCCGGACGGGCGCCUCCGGCAUGCCGGUCCUGUAGCCUCGUGCCGCGUCCAUGCCGCGGCGACCUCGCCGCAGCAUCGAUCCCGCCGCAUGCGCUCGCCGCUGCACGCCGCCCAGACUCGGCCAACGUUGAGCGAUCCGCUCUGCUGA